GUGUAGGAGGGAGAGUAGAAUACUAGAAUGUGACUGCGGAAGGGGCUGUCAGAUUGCAAUGGAGGAUUUGCAUAGUGCCUUGGAGGAUCGUAGCUUAGCAGUUUCCACCGUCCCGCAGAAGGGUCGCUCUCUCUUCACCACAAGGGACUUCUACCCAGGGGAGGUGAUUUUGACUCAAGAACCUUAUGUUUCUGUUCCAAACAAUAACUCCUCUGUCUCUGCCCAGAAAAGGUGUGAUAGAUGUUUCACCACAACUAACCUCAGCAAGUGCUCCCGCUGCCAAACUGUGUGGUAUUGUGGAACCGCGUGUCAGGUGUUGUCGUCUUCGUCGCCGUUUCCAUUUCCCUUGUUUCGCCUAAUUCGAGAAGUUUUAUGUACCUUAACACUUAAGUCGGAGUGGAAGUUUCAUCGUCUUGAAUGUGAGGUCCUUUCUAGACUGGACAAAGACAAGAGAAAAUCCGUCACGCCAUCCAUACGGCUGAUGGUGAAGCUUUAUGUUCGAAGGAAGUUGCAACAUGAAAAGAUCAUCCCAAGCACUGCAAUGGACAACUACAAGUUAGUGGAGGCGUUAGUGGCUCACAUGUCUGAUAUCACUGAGGAGCAGCUGGUGCUGUAUGCGCAGAUGGCUAAUCUUGUACACUUAAUAGUACAAUGGCCAGAAAUCAAUAUAAAAGAGAUUGCAGAAAAUUUUUCUAAGUUUGCAUGUAAUGCACAUACCAUUUCUGACAGUGAGUUGAGACCUCUGGGAAUUGGAUUGUAUCCUGUUAUUUCUAUUAUUAAUCACAGCUGCUUGCCCAAUUCUGUGUUGGUUUUUAAGGGAAGGUCAGCAUCAGUACGUGCUGUGCAGCAUGUACCCAAAGGGACUGAGGUACUGAUAAGUUAUAUAGAGACAGCUGGAAGCACUGUGACUCGACAGAAGGCUCUCAAAGAGCAGUACUUAUUCACUUGUACUUGUCCCCGUUGUUCUAAAGCGGGUCAGUAUGAUGACAUCCAAGAAAAUGCGAUUCUAGAAGGAUACAGGUGCAUGAAUGAACAAUGUGAUGGUUUCCUGCUUCGAACAACUGAUGGAAAAGGAUUCCAAUGUCAAAAGUGUGGAUUAGUUAGGGAAAAGGAUGAGGUAAAGAAAAUUGCAGCUGAAAUAAAAUCUCUAUCAGAAGAAGAAGCUUCUAGGCUUUCUUGCAGUGGCAAUGAUCAUGAAGCUGUUUCCAUAUAUAAAAUGGUUGAGAAACUGCAAACAAAACUAUAUCAUCCUUUUUCAAUCAUCUUGAUGCAAACUCGAGAGAAUAUUUUGAAGUCAUUAAUGAAGCUGGAAGAUUGGAAAGAAGCUUUAGCAUACUGCAGAUUGACUAUACCAGUGUAUCAAAGAGUGUAUCCAGCUGUUCAUCCUUUGCUUGGUUUGCAAUAUUAUACUUGUGGAAAACUUGAAUGGUAUCUGGGAGACACAGAGGAAGCUGUUAAAUCACUGACCAAGGCAGCGGAUGUACUACGGAUUACUCAUGGAACAAAUACACCUUUCAUGAAGGAGCUCUUGAUGAAGUUGGAAGAAGCCCGUGCUGAAGCGUCUUACAAAUAUUCCUCUUAAGAGUAGUAGAAAUAGAAAGAAAAACUGAUAACUACUAAUCCAUACUGAUACAAGCAACUAAUUACUGCUGGAUAACACAGAAUUUUAGGUGUUAUAAUGAAUGCAUGCACUUUGUUUUCUUUCUUUAUUUUGUCAAAUGCAUGCAUACACUUAGUUCACUCAAGAAGUUUGGACGUUUGGUUCAAUUGGUUGGGGUAAACUUUGUAGCAGUAAUAAAACUCCAAUGUAUCCUUCA